CACGAAAAGCUUCAGAGGGUAUGGCAGAGAAAAAACAUGCUGAAGAGGGUUGGCACAGGCAUGCAGCCCUGUUUAACUCCAUUAGUAACUGGGAAUGGAUCAGAAAACUCACCAUCAUCCAGGAAUUUUAUCCUAAAUUGGUCCUGAUGAUUAAAUCUGAACAGAGCAAUGUUCCUGUGCUGUGGUGACUACACUAAAUCAUCUGAUGUCUCGCUUGCUAAAUUUUAUUUGUGAGCUACUCGAGUACUUUGGAAUAUCAUCUGACUUGCUCAUACAACUAUGGCAAAGCAAAUCAUACGGGCAGUCUCGUAGUAUUGUUCGAAGGAUAGGAUCAUUACUUCCAUUAAAUUACUGGCCUAGAGUUUACUUUCAGCUUUUGGCAGGACUAAGAGUGCCUGACUCAUGUAAUUAUAGUCAUAAACCUAUGGUUCCAACUCUGGCUGAUGUACCAUGGAUUGCUGAUGAUGAAGGUGAAACUUUCACUCGGUUCAGGAAUGAAGUUCGCCCUGUCAAAGUUGAACAGAUGAUCAGCCCAAUGCAAGAAUGUUGCAGGCCAACAGCUUCUGUAAAUCAUUUAAAAAGCAGGAAUAAUACUUGGAAUCUUGGUGCAUCAAAUGAAAGUGCCUUGAAUAAAAUCUCUCAACUUGAAGAUGAGUUAUCUCGUCUGAGGUCUCAAAUUGCUAUGCUUGUUACAAUGCAGAAUCAAACACUGGAUACUCCCUGUACUCCUGCUGCCUCCGUUCCUCCUCCAAAAUUAACAUCCACACCACUUGGUGCUUUGUGUGAUCCAUUGACAACUGCUCCACCUCCUCCACCACCACCACCUCCACCAAUGUCAACUACUGAGAACAGUGCUGCAUCUGCUGGAGAUCUUGUCAGAGAAUGCCAAGCUAUGAGAAGGAAUUCUAGUCAUGUGACCAUCAAACCAAAGCUAAAUGAAAAAUUCUUAGAGCCCUUCAGCAUGAUGGAUGUCUUGAAGGACAUGCAGAAUGUCAAAUUAAGAGUAGUGGCGAGGUCACCUGGAGGAACACCCAUGGGGAAGAAGCCAGCAAUAAAAGCAUCUGUGUCUGAUCCAGCAGCACUGAUUGCUGAUGCUUUAAAACGCAAGUUUUCGCAUAGAUACAUGAAUGAUUCUUCUGACAAUGAAAAUGAGCCCUUUGAAUUCUCUCCAUUGUCAAGUCCAGAGUCUUCAAGGUUUGGACAACACCACCUGAAACAUGAAAAACCAAAUAUUUUGAAGACUUGUAAAAUAUUACAGCCAGCAAAUGUAAAUAUUGGCAACUGAUAUUAACUGUUGCAUACUCUGGAAAAGAAUUGGGACCAUAGAGCAAGUAUAAUGGACAUAGUAAUAACAUGCUUGCUUACAAUAUUUCAUAUUUGUAAAUUAUCCACUGAAGAUAAAUUGCUUUUAUACAAGAAAGCUAACUCAAGACAUUGUAAAUUUUAAAUGAGAGUUGUUGGUCUUUCUACUAUGUGGUGAAACUGCUCAUAAUAGGAUUUAUGUUUCUUUCAAAAUAGACUGUUAAAAUGUGAAAGCUACAGUCCUGGUAAGUUUGAGUGAAUGUUUUGCUGGCACUGAAUAUUAGUUUUAAUUAUGGCAUCUCUUUCAGCUUGUGAUUGUGCUUGUAAAUUCUGAAACUAUUGGAGAUUAGCUUUUCAGUCCAGUUUACAUUUAACGAAGACAAAGUCAUGUAAAAACGUAGCUCAUCAAACAAACUGUAAUAAAUGUUUCACUUACCAUU